UGCACUCGAAACAGACGCGCGUCAAAGACGCUGACGCUUGUCUUCCAGUGGGUGAACUCCACGUGUGUUUGCCUCGGUGAUCGUGUGUGCAUAUUCCUGCGUGCGCGUCGCGCGCCCAUUUCACCACGUGGCCCGCCCCGAUGCCUGCGUGGCGUUCGUCUCCUUAACUUCGGCAGCUGCUGUCAGCGUUGAGAAGCGCGUGAAUCUUGAGCCACGGCUGCCACGUUCGGGCCGCUUCAUAUUGGUCGGCGAAUCAGCGCUGCCAAAGCGUUCGUGUCCUGGCGGUAGCGGCUCGGAAGCGAUAUUGCUGCUAACAGUGCGCGAUCGUUGCAUCGUCGAGCGUAGUGCUGCAGCUGUCUCUUUUGUGUGUGGUUGGGACAGAAGCUGAAAGAGAGAAAAAAAAGAUGCAGACCAUCGCGAUCUGGAGCUUGUGCGCGACUGUUUUGUUCGCUGUCGUGGCGGCAGAUCUGCCCCCACCUGACAGCAAAGCCGGUGGUGAAGCGGCUGAGCUACGCAAGAAGUGGUCUGCGGUGGAAGUUGCUCGCGACUUGGGUCACAUUAGAAGGGAUGUUGCGAAGAUGAUUGAGCUCGGAAACGCCGGUGUAAUGUCACAAGACGAGCUGUCAUUCUAUUAUUUCAGGAUGCACGACUUCGACAACAACAACCUUCUUGACGGUCAGGAGAUGAUGGCGGCCAUGUUCCACACUAGCCACCACGAUGAAGGCGGACACGUGGAUAGCCAGCCGGAAGUCAUAGCGGAGGCAGACAUCGUCAGUUACGUGGACUCUGCUCUUUUGGCCGACAAAAACCACGACGGCUAUAUUUCGUAUCCAGAACUAAGGGCAAGCGACUUCGCCAAUCAGCAUACUUAAACAUUUGUAUAUAGGAAAUACCACCAUGCGCCCAUUGCAUUUCUACAUACGUAUUUUAUUUAGAUUUUUUUUCAUGACUCCAAGUGCCUUGCGAGUGCCUUUUCACAACUACUUUAUCGAGUUUUUUGCUCACAAUAAAGUAUUUUGCCAUGUC